GGGUAAAAAAAAAAGUUGGAACCAAUUUCCAACAAUUAUUUUGUUUCGCACUUGUGACUAUCAAUUUUAUUUUGCGUUCUUGCUUUUUCUUCUUUUCCUCCCGUUAUUUUUUUACUGCCAUUUUAUUAUUCUAAUUUAUAUCUUAUUCUUCGUUAGUAAUUAUGCCUUUGAAAACACCAGGAAAAAAGGCGAGCGGUGGCGCUGCUGACUCUGGCGGGUCGUAUUUUGUCUACGACCUGUUCCGCACGUUUUGGACGCACGUAGUCGGCCUGUUUUUCAGAGAAGUGGCCGGGCGUAACGCGCAUUUGAUUCCAAAAACAGGCCCUGUCAUGUUUAUUGUGGCACCGCACCACAACCAGUUUAUCGACCCGGUUAUUCUGCUGAUGCACGCCGCCCGGAGAGUGUACUUUCUCGUGGCAGCGGCAUCGAUGCGUCGCAAGUUUAUUGGGUUCUACUCGCGCGGAUUCCGCGGUAUCCCAGUCGAGCGGCAGCAGGAUCUGGCCAAGCCUGGGUCGGGCAAAAUCAAGCUUGAGGACCGCUACGCCUCGCCCACGCUUAUCUCUGGCAUCAACACGCAGUUCACGCGCGAGCUCAAAGUCGGAAUGAAAAUCGCCCUCCCCAAGAGCGCUGGCCAAGCGCGCGUCGACGAGAUCCUAUCGGACACGCAGCUGCGGGUGGAUAAGGAGAUGAAGGAUUUGGCGGCGAUCGAGGCGCUGACGCACUCUGAGGGCACCGCGUACAAGGUCAUCCCGCAUGUGAACCAGGACGAGAUGUUUAACGCGGUGUAUGCCAGUUUGAACCGCGGCGAGUGUAUUGGAAUUUUCCCCGAGGGCGGGUCGCACGAUCGCACGGAGAUGCUCCCGCUGAAGGCUGGCGCCACGAUCAUGGCGCUGGGCGCCACAGCGGCGAACCCGGACCUGGGGCUGAAGAUCGUGCCCACUGGGCUCAACUACUUCCACCCGAGCAAGUUCCGCUCCCGCGCGGUGAUUGACUUUGGCCAGCCGAUCGAUGUGCCGAUGGACCUGGUAGAGAAGUACCGCAUGGGCGGCGAGGCCAAGCGCCAGGCCUGCGAUGAGCUCCUGGCCACGGUCACUGAGGGGCUGAAGCAAGUGACGCUUAACACGCCGGAUCUCGAAACCCUGCGGCUGAUCCAAGCCGGCCGCCGCCUGUACAAGCCAACACAGCACUCGCUGACGAUGGCGCAGCAGGUGGAGCUCACCCGGCGCUUCAUCAAGGGGUACAAUGUGUACCGCGACUUGCCCGAGGUCAAGGAGAUCCGCGAGCGCAUCGAUGACUAUAACACGCAGCUGCGCUACUAUGGGAUCCGCGACCACCAGGUGGACACCAUGCAGGUUGGCCGACACAUGCCGGCGCGCUGUUCCUUUGGCGGCUCCUCUGGCUGCUCAUCAUGGGCCUGCAAGCGCAAGGCGCGGGCGGCGCUGGCUGCGUCCACCGUCAAGGUGCGCGCGCGCGACGUCAUUGCCACCUGGAAAGUGCUCAUUGCCCUGGGGCUUGUCCCCCUGCUGUACACUGUGUACUCCCUGGUCGCGCUCGUGCCGGCUUUGGCAUCGGUGGUGACAUGGCGCAGCUGGUCGAUUUACCUGUGCAGCUGGGCCUUGGCGUCAUUCAUGAGCUACACUGCGCUGGUGUUUGGCGAGCAGGCGAUUGACAUUGUCAAGUCUGUGCGCCCGCUGUUUUUGACCCUGAUUUGGCUGCUGGUGGCUCAGCGGGACGAAUUGUCGAACGAUAUUACGGAGCUGGUUAAUGAGCUAGGUCCGCAUAUAUACCCAGAAUUCAGCAAGACUAGACGCCCAGUUGUUAACGAGCAGCAGCAGCAGCAGCAAGCUUUGGCGGCGAGAACCUCAGCAGAUACCUUUCAUAAAAAAAUGCGCGAGGGCGAGCAGCUUAUCAGACAGCGGGUCGGCCCUAUGGUCAAGGCUAAUGUGGAUGGACGUGUGGAAAGAAAGGAUAGUGGGAGCGGUGGAAAGACUAUGGAUCAGCUUGAUCGGAUUUCACCGCUGGAGUUUUUGAUCAGCCCGCAUGUUGCUAACAGGGAGGAGAGUGAGGAUUGCAGUGGAUGUGGUAGUGGUGUGGUGAGCGUGGGAAAACCUGUGCGGAUACUGGAAGCACCAAAGGGUCUUUAUGAUUAUUCUUAAUAAUUUUUCUUUAUAAAUACAUACAAUUGGUGAAUCAAGCGAUAUAAA